AUGACUAUGUCACCCACUGUACAGCCAUCAUAUGCAGUAAGUAGAUCAAUAAAUACCGUCACAACUUGGAACCCUUCAGAAUCAUCAGUUGGUGCAAUUCACUUAUGUGGUUGGAGCAUCGCGGUCAAGUCUAGAACAUAUGCAGGGGCCUAUUCUUAG